AUGCCGGAAGUUCUUAAAACUGAAUCUCCUCCAAUAUACAGUGGUAAUAAGGAGAAAGGUUUACCAGUAUAUUAUGGUGACAAAAUAACACUUAUGAAUAAUGGAACUGGGCAAAAGUUACACUCGCAUAAUUUUGAAAUUAAGGACCUUAAUAUUACGUGUCAGACUUGGAAUAACACCGACGAUAACUGGAUUUUGCAACAUCAUUUAUAUGACACAUCUUCUAAUGACAAAGAGCUCUGGAAUGAAUGUCAUGAUAUUUUUCUUUUGCAUGACAAUUCUAAACUGGGGUUAAAUAGCCAUAAUUAUAUGUUGAACGAUGAAUAUCAAGAGGUUACAUGUUUUGGAGACAAGAAAGUCAAUACAACAAAG